AUGCCUUGCUUAAAAGUAUUGACUAAUAUUCCUAAAUCAAAAAUUCCCAAGGAUUUCUUUAGCAAAAUCAUACCAGUUCUCUCCGAGGGUGUAAGAAAAGCGCCUGAACACUUUCUUUGCGCAGUAGAAGGAGAUUGUCUGUUAUCAAUUAAUGGCAAUACUGAACUACCCGCCGCUAUUGCUACUCUGGAAUCUAUUGGAAAUUUAGGUCCAGAAGACAAUAAAAAGAUUGUGAAAUUACUGUCGUCAUUUUUACAAAAGGAGAUUGGUGUACAACCAGAUAGGUUCUUUUUAACUUUCUACGACCUUGAAGAUUAUAAUGUGGCGAAAAACGGCAUCACUAUCGCAAGCAAAAUCAAAGAAAUGAAA